GUGGCAUGGGAGCUCAUGGUGCACAGGUGACAGGUGUGGCUGAUCCUGCUGAUUGUUGCUGGGAGCAUUUAAGCAGAAGUCUGCCAGCACUUCAACGCCUGAGUGUUAGCCAACAGUGCCCUGGCUCUGUUUCCAGUUCGUUACCUGAUUUCUGGUUCCAAGAUUCAAGCCUCCAGUUCCUUCUCUCGACAAACUCCAAGCUGGCAGCUUCCUGGCUCUGUGAUCAACCGGCCACAAUCACAAGCGAACCUUGUUCACCCUCCAACGAGCUCCCGUACAAGCCCCACCACCCAGCACACCACGCCACCUUCUUCACACCACGGACUAAGCUGAACUGGACAUCCUGGAAACCUCCUUCAAGCACUCAUAGACUAACCUACCUUGGAUAUUACCCUCCUCAGUUUCCUCUGGUCUCGUGCUCCCAGACUCCACAUCUGUCUUUCCCCCUGGCGGUCCAAUCAUCUGUUCUAGUAAGCAUUUCUAUUACUUCAACUAUAUUAGUCAUCCCAUCACUCUGUUCUCCCCUUCUCUAUGUAGUUGUAGAUAUACCGGUACUGGUUCUCUCACUACUACUCAUUUCUGUAAAAAUCUGUAAACGACUUCUGAGUGUAUUUCUGCAAGUGGGUCAGAUCCGUUUCUAGAGUCAUGACAAACUCAUCCAGGAGGUCACAAAAGAAUCAGGAAUAACAUCUAAAGCACUACAGGCCUCAGUUCAGUUUAGUUUUUAUAAUUCAACAAUAAGAAAGUUUCACCUAAAGGGAAAUUCAAAAGUAGAAAAUCAAAACAGAACACAAAGGCCAAUCUCACCUCCGAAACAUUUGGGUAAAUAUUCUGAGGACCAAUGAGAUAGAAGUGGAACUUUUUGGAGGGUUUGUGUCUAUGUGUACUAACAACAUUU